UGUCCAUUUUAAUCAUUUGUUUUUAAAAAGCCUCUGGCAAUGAUGAUUACUUUCACUGAAAGUGCUGAUUAAACCCUGAUCCUGGUGCAAAUUGAAAUAUAUUCCUAUUAGUUAUUGAUUGGCUGUAAUUUUUUUAAAGUCCUCUUUGGGAAAAUAACUUUUUCUAAUUGUUUUUUCCUACUUUUAGCCUUUAAUAUUUAGUUUGGGGGCAUAACAUUUAACGUUUUUAAAAAGCAACAGGUUAAGUUAAUGUAUAUUAGGUGAUGGAUAAAAAGCUAGAUAAUCAAGCAGAUAGGUGACAGGGAGUCAUUCUUCCCAUCAGCCUGAUGAUGUCACUGGAGAAAAGAAGGUCCGUUGGAACCUGAUGUCUGGCAGUUACAGGGAGCUGUGGCUAGGAAGAGGGUACUCAGGACCUGCCCUGGAGUCAUGAACCCCCAGGCAGCCAACAUCGUGUGUCCAGGCCCCUGUACCAGAGACAUAGGACAUCUUUGUGACUGACAGAGUGAUCCAGAAUGGAGAAAGAUAAACCCCCACAGUUGGUGACCCCUGCGUCGGUGAAAGCGAUCAUCUCCAAGAUUGAGGCUGCCCAUCUAACUCGGGCUCAGGAGGAUAUUUCUUCCCAGCUCUCAGACAUCUUGGACAAUGUCAACUGUGUCAUCAACCGCUUCCAGGAAGAAUUAGGAUAUGAUUUCAAAAAAAAGGCGAAAUCUCACCAGACAGAGCGAAAGGGAAAGAACAGAUUCAUCUUGCUGGAGAAAAUUACCUCCUUCUCCAAUGAUGCUAAAACUAAAGAGAAGCACUUGUAUGAAAUUCUCCACUGGCUAGGUGACUGGGGUGACAGUCUGACCUAUGAGAUCAAGAACAGGAAGAGUGAGGAGGAGGAGGAAGCCCUGGAUGAAUGGAUCGAGGUGAUGGGGAAAGUGUUACCUCUCUCCCUCAUUGCCACCAAAGGAGGCAUCGAGUCUCUCAUUUCCCUUUGUUCCACUCUCAUUGAAGGACAAAGGAAAGGGGCACAAAUGUUCAAACGCACCUUCUGGCAGGGCUGGCAGGAACAAAGCCCACAAAAAGCAAUAUGCAGCCCUCAGCCACUGAGCCCGGAGCAGAUGCUCCAGGACAAGCACACUACCUGCAUGACAGUCUCCGAGGUGAAGUCCAUGCUGCAGGAGCUCCUGGACUCCAUGAUGUUCAACCAGGGGGAGGUUAGAGCCAUCAGGUACAUGUCUGCUGUGGUAGAGAACCUCAACAAAGCCUUGAUCCUCCAGCACAAGGAGAACAGGAGCCUGGAGGCCAAAUACAAGCACCUGAAAACAGAGAUGACCAAAGAACUCAGCAGCCAGAGGCUCUACUUCCAGAAGUCCCUCCACGUCCUUGAGAGUAAGAGAGAUGCCCUACUAAAGCAGGUAGAAAUUCUAGGAGGAAGGUAUCAUGACCUUCUCCUGAUAAAGCAUGCCCUAGAGUUUCAGCUGAAGAAGGCUCAGUCUUCUAGAGGUCAAGCAGAAGACUCAGUCAAGAUCUUGGUUGAGUCCCUAGCCACUGCCAAGAAAGAGGCCCUCCCAAGGAAAGAAACAGUUAUGGAAGAAACCCAACAGGAACCUAAGAAGGAGGGGCAGUUUUCACCACUCUCCCCAAGUCCCAUGGCCACAGCUUGGGACAGUAGUGCUAGGCUUUCGACAUAUCAGCCACAUUCCACCAUGACGAUGCAGUCAAGGAUUGCAGAUGUGUACAGCAGCAAGGACACUGAAAGUCUUGAGCCUGCGUUGCCAUCCUCCAUGGAUCACAAGUUUCCUAAGAAAUGGGAAAUACAAUCAGCAGAAAGCUCAGGCCACAAAGGCAAGGACCAGAAGGGCUUCUUCCAGGAAGUGGCUGAGAGAAAAGAAGGACUCCAGAUUAAGUCCCAUUUUCAGAAGCAGCUGUCCCCAGAGAGCUCUAGAAAGGUGGUCUUGGAGAGCAAGGCAGAGCACCAGGAAGAGGAACUCAGCUGGGAGAGGCAGAGGCAGCAGUGGCUGGAGGAGGAGGAGAUGUGGCUGCAGCAGCAAGAGAAGUGGGCCCUAUUGGAGCAGCAGCACCAGGAGAAGCUGUGGCAGUGGGAGGUGGAGGAGGUGGCAAGGGAGCAGCAGCAGAGAUUGAACCAGGAGCAAGGGGGCCCAUGGAGGGAGCUGGAACAGACAAGAGAGGAUGUGGAGAGAAUUAUCUUCAUGCCCACCAGUCAAUGGAGGGACUUGGAGGAGGCAUCAUUGGCACCUCCACCAAGCCGGGCCCAGUCUGCUGGCCAAGGCAGGCCACACUUGCCCAGGUCCCCGAAGACCCAGCAGCCUGCCCCCAGAAACCAGAGGACCAUGAGUUCAGCUGAGUUUACCCAGAAACCACGGGCCCACCGGGUCCCCACGAAGCCUAAGAAGUCGGCCUCCUUUCCUGUCACGGGGACAACCCUCCGGAAGGUGACCCAGCCCCCUUUGCAUAUAUCCCCAGUAACUCUGAAGGGGAAGGUGUAUCAUAUGGACGUGGAGGCCCAGAGGAAGAAUCUGCAGCUCCUGACUGGGGAGGGUCAGCUGGGGCUGCCCCAUUACCUACGCAGCAAGGCGCUGGAGCUCACCACCACUACCAUGGAGCUGAACACGCUCAAGCUGUGGUGCCUGUGCCAUAAGUACAUCCUCUACAGACACUUCCAGAGCCUCCGACAAGAAGUGAUCAACCGUAUACAAGUCAUGCGAGAAGCUGGGGCUGCGCACAAGGCCCGGAACCUCUGCAUCUUCCUGGAAAAUACAGACCACCUGCAGAGCCUCCAGCUGCAGGCCUGGACAGAUAAGCAGAAGGACCUGGAGAAGAAGUGCCAAGAGUGCCUGAACAGCAUGGUGACCAUGUUCCCCAAGCUCCAGCAGGAGUGGAACGUUAAGCUGCACACUCCUGUGGUCACCUCCCCAAAGUCAAGGAAAAGCAAGCCUCCUCCGUCCUUACUCCUGCACACCCAGUCCAGCAGCCCUGCCUGCAAGCGACCCCUGGAGCUCUCUAAGACCAAGCAGAAAUGUGUGUCUCUGAGGAUGGCCCACCAACAGGGGAACCAGAUGGAAGCCAUGUGGAAGACUGACGUGGCCUCCUCCAGUCACCCAGUAGAAAAGAAGACCCCCGCCAGCCUGUCCUGGGACCAGCUAGGGGGGUACCCAGAUAUUCCCCGGCUGUUGGCUUUGGAUGUACAUUCCUCCUACCACAAAAGCUUGAUGUCCCUCAAGACCCGGGCCGUUCCGCCUACACCCAGGCCUCCAGGGGGAUCUCAGCUUCAAACUUAAGCACUAAUCAAAAUAUUGUUCCCAGCAAAGACAGCUUCUCCUCUCCAGGGGAAUUUAGGUGAAUACAAUUUUCUUCCCCUCUUUCUAACUCUAUACAAGUUUAUUCAGUUUAUCACACCGUCAGGUGUAGAGGCCAGGCCCUUGCUGCUUCUGUCUUCUUUAUCCACAUGCUAGGCUGGCACCACCUACCUGUGUGUCAGGCUGGUCCUCGACAGAAGAGAGGGUUUAUAACUUGGUUUCUGGGAAGGAACCAAGAUAGGGGUGGAGAGGAAGAAACAUGGAUGGGUAGGAAGGAUCAGGGAAGAGUGAGGGGAGGGAAGAGGGAGUAUUCUGUGACAUGAAACGAGAGGAAGAUUCACAAGAAAAGCAGCAGAGCCCCUGGAACAUGGCAGAAAUGUUGUGUUAAGCCGUCCCACGUCUGAGUCCGUCCAGGCCCAGUCCUGACUGGUCUCCCAGAGGUAACUAGGGAAGCUCUCGGGUGGGCUGGGUGGGCACUCACAUCUCAGGGCCUGGUCUCAGCUGCUCCCCAGUCUGUAGCUGUAUUAACUCUUUCAGUGCCUCAGUGACUCAAAGGAAGGCCAGGAACCCCCAGAGGGGUCAGCUGAGCUUGUUCCUAGAAAGUCAAACGAGUCCUUCCCUGGAACCCUAAGAAGCCAGAAGGAUCACGAUAAUCCCAGUCCCCGCUCCAUGCCUUAGCUAGUGAUUCUCAAACUUGCAGGUUCCCAGCUGGUGUUUUUAAACAGACACUUUGGGUGCUGCUAAGUAAUCCUAGAACUUUGAGAAACACUGCUUUCCUCCUUCAGCCCCCAAACUGUACAUUUUUAAUAAAAUAGAGAUGUAUUUAUUUUUAAAAUAAAUUGCUAAAACCCACACCUUCCCAACUCAUUUCUGGAACCAGGUCCAUGACCACCUGGCCACUGACUUAGACGCCAGUCACAGAGGAGUCCCCGAGUGCUGUGUCUG